GGGGAGGAGUGGAUGACCUCAUUCAGGGGCAGACUGAAAGGGAGGGAAAGAAAGAGAGGGAGAGAAAAAGGAAGCAGUCUGCUAUACAUUUUUUUUCUCCACACACUGAAACUUUCAAAAAGAGAAAAGACGAUAAGAGCUGGUGAGGAUCAACCGAUUGGGAAUGAGAGCGAGAGAUAAAGAAAGAGGGAGGAAUAACACUAACCUGACACUGAGUAUACUGCACAACUGAUGAGAACAUCAAAUAUUACGUGUUUGAGGCCUUGGGGCCUUCAUUGACCAAGGAGGGAGAGCAGGUGGGCACUUCUGGUCCUGGAGGGUUGCAGUGUGUACAGGCUUUUAUUCCAACCCUCAGAGCCCUGACAGAGAGAGAGAGCAUGUCUUCUAACUUGGACUCCAGUCUAACCAGCAUAGACUGGCUCCCCCAGCUGGGAAUCAGCUCACUGCAAUCAGGAAGAGAGAGAGGAGGAGAAGAGGGGGAGAGAAAGAAAGAGAGAGGGAGAGAGAGAAGUGAUCUUCCUCCCCCCAUCCCUGCCCCCUUUCCUUCCUCUGGAUCCAAAGCCAAGCCCCCUCACAGCUAUGCCACCCUCAUCGCUAUGGCGAUAGGCGCAGCCCCCGGCAGGAAGUUGAGUUUGAAUGACAUCUACAUGUGGAUCAGUGACAUGUUCCCCUACUACAGCAGAUCUGGCAGGGGAUGGAAGAACUCCAUCCGCCAUAACCUGUCCCUCAAUAAAUGCUUCCGGAAGGUUCCUCGACCCCAAAGUGACCCUGGGAAGGGUUCCUAUUGGAUGAUGGACGGCCCCUCAGAGCUCAAUCCGCUGAGGGGAACCAAGCGUCCGUAUCCAGCUGAAGAGGAGGAGGGGUCCAUCCAGGUCCCCAAUGUCUCAGUGAUGCAGGCAGAGAAACAGCAUUCACCCCAGACAGACCAUUAUACGUCUUUAGCAUCUCCACAGAGAGACCAUUAUACGUCUUUAGCAUCUCCACAGACAGACCAUUAUACGCCUUUAGCAUCUCCACAGAGAGACCAUUAUACGCCUUUAGCAUCUCCACAGAGAGACCAUUAUACGCCUUUAGCAUCUCCACAGACAGAUCAUUAUACGCCUUUAGCAUCUCCACAGACAGACCAUAAUACGCCUUUAGCAUCUCCACAGGAACCCAGUCAACAACUAUCCCCCCCACCAUGCAAGCAACGGCCACCCUAUAUGCAGUCCCCUGUCUCCUCUCUACCUUUCCCCCAUGAGACUGUCUCCCCAUCUACUGCCUCUGCUACUCUCCCCUCUCUUUCGGUCCCUCACUCUCUCCCCUCUCUUUCUGUCCCUCACUCUCUCCCCUCUCUUUCUACCCCUCACUCUCUCCCCUCUCUUUCUAUCCCUCACUCUCUCCCCUCUUUUUCUAUCCCUCACUCUCUCCUCUCUCUUUCUGUCCCUCACUCUCUCCCCUCUCUUUCUACCUCUCACUCUACUGUCUCAUAUUCUGUCUCCCCUCAAACUCUCCCUUCUUCUGUUCCCACUCUCUCUGUUCCCACUCUCUCUGUUCCCGCUUUCUCUGUUCCCUCUCUUUCUGUCCCAUCUCUUAAUGUUGCCCCCACCUACGCCUCGUCACACUCCUGUGAUCCCCUUCUCCAUUUCUCCUUCUCUGAUCUGAAUCUGCCAGACCUCUAUACCUCCUUCCAGUCCCUCUGCAGAAGCGUCAGGGAGAGAGUGGCCUCGCAAUCGGACGUGGGUCCCUUAUUUGUGUUGACCAAUGACAGUACCUCACUGCACACCCCAACCCUCCCCCCUUUGUCCCCUCACCUUGUACCCUCUGUAGCGCCCAGGCCUCCUCCUGAGGCAGACAGACUGUCUCACAGCAGUGUGGUGCCAGCAGACUGGUUCAGUACUACAGACACUCUGAAGGAGAGCUUUAGGGUCGCCAGCAGUCUGGACUGGGCCAACAUUGACCUUACUAGCCACCCAGACCUCCUGGAGAGCAUGCGCCAGGCCGAGCUCUGUGAUUGGGCGCUGGAGCCGACGCUCUUCACUUCACUCUGUGACUCGUUGAACCGUUUCUUCACUCAGAAGGGCCUAAUUGGCUCGUCCUCCGGUAACAACUCCCCAUUGGCCCAUGGUGCACCUCAAUCUCUGCUCCUCCCACCCCUUACUCACAACACCCCCACCCUGGCCACCCUAACCCACCCCUCUCCCCUGGCCCCCCCCUCCAGCAGUGGUCAGCCCCCCAGGAGGCCCCUCCACCCCCAAACUCAGGGUGUACAGAGGCCCCACCUGACCCAACCUGGAGCUCCUCAGACCAAUGCUGGGAUCCAACUUCAACCUAAACCCCGUCCCCCUAUGAAACAUCUCCAUAACAACAGCGAGGAGAUCCAAGAUGACUUUGACUGGGACUCUCUGAUCGCCUGACAGAGUGGAUUCUGUUUGCCUCACGAUUACAUUCAGGAAGUCUACUGGAUCAGUGCUGCCCGCUGGCACAGAUCUAGGAUCAGCUUACUCUCCCCAAAACGAACCUGGACCACUGGGAGGAAACAUGCAAAACUGAACAUAGAUCAGUAUCUAGGGGAAACUUCCUCCUACUCCGAGGGGCCUCCCAUACAAAACACUACACCCUAUAUUCAGCUGCCUCACCACACACGCUACUCUUCACAGUGAGGAUGGUCAUUGGUACACUAUGACUGAAUGCAGUAUUGCUGGAGCGAAAUGGUUGAAGUUUUUUGGUUCCUAUUUUCCUUAUUUUCUGCAAUUGUAUCCCUAUCUGGAAGUCUUCACAGAAGCUUCUGGACAUGCAUAUAUGCUCCAACUGACAGAGGAGACUUCAUAUGUUAAUAAAAUACUAUAAAAUGAA